AUGGAGUUUGUUGACUUUUUGAAGAGUCCGAAGAAAUACGAAGCCCUGGGCGCGAAAAUUCCCCACGGCGCGCUUCUCGUCGGACCGCCGGGGACGGGAAAGACGCUUCUCGCGAAAGCCACCGCGGGCGAGGCUGGGGUCCCGUUUCUUUCCAUUUCUGGGUCGGAUUUCAUGGAGAUGUUUGUCGGCGUCGGCCCGUCGCGAGUUCGCGAUUUGUUUGCCCAAGCGCGUCAGCAGAAGCCGUCCAUCAUUUUCAUCGACGAAAUCGACGCCAUCGGUCGUCAACGUGGUCGCGGUGGCUUCGCAGGAGGCAACGAUGAGCGCGAAAACACGUUGAAUCAGCUUUUGGUUGAGAUGGACGGUUUCGGUACCAAGGAGGGCGUCAUCGUGUUGGCGGGUACGAACAGACCGGAUAUUCUCGACAGGGCGCUCCUGCGUCCCGGUCGAUUCGAUCGUCAGAUCACCGUCGAUCGUCCCGAUAUUCAAGGUCGCGAACAAAUAUUCCGCGUGCAUCUGGCCAAGAUUGCCUUGGACGGACCAGUGGAUCACUACAGUGAACGUCUCGCCGCGUUGACGCCCGGCUUCGCCGGGGCGGACAUCGCGAACAUGUGCAACGAAGCUGCGCUCGCCGCGGCGCGUGAUAACAUGACCACGGUAACUCUCACACACUUCGAGUACGCCGCCGAUCGCGUCAUCGCGGGUUUGGAGAAGAAGUCGAAGGUUGUGAACAAGACGGAGCGUCGCACGGUGGCGUAUCACGAAGCCGGACACGCCGUCGUGGGGUGGUUUUUGGAACACGCUGAGCCUUUGCUCAAAGUGUCCAUCGUUCCGCGCGGUUCCGCGGCUCUAGGCUUCGCGCAGUAUCUGCCGAACGAGAACCUUCUCGCCACGACGCAGCAGCUGAUCGAUAUGAUGUGCAUGACGCUCGGAGGCCGCGCCGCGGAGCAAGUCAUGCUCGGAAAGAUUUCCACCGGGGCGCAAAACGAUUUGGAAAAGGUCACGCAAAUGGCGUACAACACCGUGGCCGUGUAUGGCAUGAACGAGAAGAUCGGGUUGCUUUCGUUCCCCAAAGACGAGCAAAGCUUGAAGUCGCCGUAUUCUGAGGACACGGCGAGAAUGAUCGAUGAAGAGGUUCGCCUGCUCGUCGACACCGCGUACAAGCGCACGUUGGCGCUCGUGAAGGAGAAGAAGCACCUCGUCGAAGCCAUGGCGCAAGGCUUACUCGACAAGGAGGUUUUGCAGCGCCACGAUUUAGUUAAACUUCUCGGCGAUCGACCCUUCGUGUCUGAAAACCCGCAAAACAUUGAUAUUUUGAACGAAGGCUUCAAAAUGCACUAUCCGAAGACGGCAACGGCGCCAGAGGACGAACCCGCGGAUACGGACGAGCCGGAGGACGACGAGCCCAGUCCGGCGUUUCCACUCGCGACUUAA